UGUUGCUCUUGGGUCCUGACACGUAGCUUCCCAGAGAGCGGGAUAAAGCGGGUAGGAGGAAGAAGGGGUCGCUCCCAACGGCGCCAGGAGGGCAGGUUGAGGGGGAAUCGUUGCCUCGCCGGGGAAGGAGGCUUCCAAGGAAGAUAGCAAUGUCUGGAUUUGAUAAUUUAAAUACGGAGUUCUAUCAGACAAGUUACAGUAUUGAUGAUCAAGCACAACAAUAUGGAGCAGAUGCUGGAGGAGGAGGAGCGUAUAGCAAGCAAUAUGGUGGCUAUGAGUAUUCUCAGCAAGGUGGAUAUGUCCCUCCAGAGAUGAUCCCGCCUCAACAGCCAUAUACUGGUCAAAUUUUUCAGCCAACACCAGCAUAUACUCCAUCUUCACCACAAUCGUUCUAUGGAAACAAUUUUGAGGAUGAACCUCCGUUACUAGAAGAACUAGGAAUAAAUUUUGACCAUAUCUGGCAGAAGACUUUAACAGUACUACACCCAUUAAAAGCUGCAGAUGGCAACAUUAUGAAUGAAACUGAUCUGGCAGGACCUAUGGUCUUCUGCCUAGCCUUUGGAGCUACCUUAUUGUUGGCUGGAAAAAUUCAGUUCGGCUACGUAUAUGGAAUUAGUGCAAUAGGGUGUCUAGGAAUGUUCUGUCUCCUGAAUCUGAUGAGUAUGACAGGUGUCUCAUUUGGUUGUGUUGCAAGUGUCCUAGGAUAUUGUCUUCUUCCUAUGAUCAUACUUUCAAGCUUUGGAAUUGUAUUUUCCCUACAGGGCAUGAUGGGAAUUAUUCUUGCUGCUGGAAUUAUUGGAUGGUGUAGUUUUUCGGCCUCCAAGCUCUUCAUCUCAGCAUUAGCAAUGGAAGGACAACAACUUCUAGUAGCAUAUCCCUGUGCUUUAUUAUAUGGAGUCUUCGCCCUCAUUUCUGUGUUUUGAGCUGACUGUCUUAAUUAUUGGACUUAAAUGAGCCGAACUGAAAGCUUUUACUUGGGAUCCUUAAACUGGGACCAGAAAUCAACUGUUGGCUGCUAUCUUUCAAGAUUAAUAUUUGAAUUAUUGUCUGGAGCAACAAUAACAAAGUUUUCCUUUUGUGUUUCUUUUUAUAGGACUCUUAAAUACAUUUUUACAUUGACCUAUAAAAGCUUCAGCUUUCAAACAAGCUAAUUAUGCUGUUUAAAAUGUAAAACUCUUUUCAGUCCUAUAACUUGCAAAAUGUUAUUUUUGAAAAAUUUUGUAAUUCAAAAAUUUUUAUUGACAAAAGAAAAUGAAAUCAUUAACAUGUUUUCCCAUAGUAAUAUAUAGCAACAAAUUUAAAUGACAAACAUUUCCCAUUUUAUCAACUUAGCAAAAUAGAAAAUUUCUCAUAAUAACUAA